UCUCCUUGGCCUUUACUAGUAGUACAAGAUUUUGGGGAAUUUGGAGGAGUUCCUCUGACAAGGGGCCUCCAGCUUUCGCUUACUGAAAUGCUGUGCCUGUGCGGACGACACCAAACAGUCUCCAGAUAAGCGAGGGAGCAAAGCUGUCCCUCGCUAGGCGGAACACGCGCCUCCCAUCGUCCGCCGAACAACAAACGUUCCAGAUUCCGAUCGUCCAACCAAUCAGCCACGCAGCCCACACCGCGCUCCCUGCUGCCCACAGCUACCUACGCCAUGGCAUUGGCCACGCCGCUCCGCCACCUCCUCGCCGCGCAGCCCGAGCCCGCCACCGGUGCGGCGCCGUCCCUGCAGGCGCAGCCAGCGCGCGCCUCCCCGCACCACCGCCGUCUCCUUCUCCGCUCCAUCAGGCACGUCGCGGCGCCCUCAGUGUGUCCGGCAUCCGCCAGGGUCGCGGCGAGGGCGGCGGGCGGGGGGCGGCCGACGGUGCUGGUGACGGAGAAGCUGGGCGCGGCGGGGCUGGAGCUGCUGCGGGCGUUCGCGAACGUGGACUGCGCGUACGAGCUGACGGCGGAGGAGCUGCGCGCCAAGGUGUCGCUGGUGGACGCGCUGGUGGUGCGCAGCGCCACGCGGGUGACCCGGGAGGUCUUCGAGGCCGCGCGCGGGCGGCUCCGCGUCGUGGGCCGCGCCGGCGUCGGCAUCGACAACGUGGACCUCCAGGCCGCCACCGAGGCCGGCUGCCUCGUCGUCAACGCGCCCACCGCCAACACCGUCGCCGCCGCCGAGCACGCCGUCGCGCUCCUCGCCGCCAUGGCUCGCAAUGUCGCCCAGGCCGACGCCUCGCUCAAGGCCGGCAAAUGGCAGCGUAGCAAAUAUGUUGGAGUUUCCCUGGUUGGAAAGACAAUAGCUAUUAUGGGCUUUGGGAAGGUCGGUUCAGAAGUUGCUCGACGCGCGAAAGGACUUGGAAUGGAUGUCAUUGCUCAUGACCCGUAUGCUCCCGUUGACAGAGCCCGGGCUAUCGGUGUAGAUCUUGUAUCGUUCGAUGAUGCCAUCUCUACUGCAGACUUCAUAUCACUGCAUAUGCCUCUGACACCGUCAACAACAAAAAUUUUCAACGAUGAGACUUUUGCAAAAAUGACGAAAGGAGUCAGGCUUAUCAAUGUUGCGAGGGGUGGAGUGGUCGAUGAAGAAGCAUUGCUGAGAGCACUUGAUAAUGGGACUGUUGCACAGGCAGCACUCGACGUAUUCUUUGAAGAGCCACCGCCGAAAGACAGCAAGUUAGUACACCAUGAAAAUGUCACGGUGACGCCGCACCUUGGAGCUAGCACAACAGAAGCACAGGAAGGCGUUGCCCUUGAAAUUGCAGAGGCUGUUAUCGGUGCGUUGAAAGGCGAACUGGCUGCCACUGCUGUCAAUGCCCCAAUGGUCUCUGCUGAGGUUUUAGCCGAGUUAUCCCCAUAUGUCGUCCUUGCUGAGAAGUUGGGACGUCUCGCCGUGCAACUCGUCGCUGGUGGCAGUGGGAUCAAGGCAGUCAAGAUUGUCUACUCAUCGGCCAGAGACCCGGAUGACUUGGACACAAGAAUUCUCCGCGGCAUGGUCACAAAAGGCAUCGUCGAACCCAUUUCGAGCGCAUUUGUCAACAUUGUCAAUGCCGACUACGUUGCCAAGCAACGAGGGCUCCGCAUAAUCGAGGAGCAGAUCCUCCUCGACGGCUCCCCCGAGGCCCCUAUAAACUCCAUCCAGGUCCAGCUUGCCAAUGUGGAGUCCAAGUUCGCCGGCGCGUUGUCUGACGACGGCGACAUCAGGGUGGAGGGGAAGGUUAAGGAUGGCACGCCGCAUCUCACGCUCGUCGGCCCUUUCAGCGUCGACGUCAGCCUUGAGGGCAACCUGUUGCUGUGCCGGCAAGUCGACCAGCCGGGCAUCAUCGGCAAGGUGGGAUUGAUUCUCGGGACGAUGAACCUGAAUGUCAACUUUAUGAGCGUUGGCAGGAUUGCUCCGGGGAAGCAGGCCAUCAUGGCCAUUGGGAUUGAUGAGGAGCCUGACAAGGAAGCUCUCAAGUUGAUCGGGGAGACGCCGUCGGUUCAGGAGUUUGUCUUUCUUAAGCUUUAGAGAAUGUAGGUUGAUUUCUACUCCUAUAUAACAUCUCCGGCUUUACUAGUAUGAUGAGUGGUUUUUGCAAGCUUAUUUAGUUUCUAUGUAGAAUGGUAUUUUUAA